AUGUCCUCUACUAUGAGGAAGGAAAUUUUCACCGUGAUACUUGGACUUGGCACAUUGGUGCACUUUGGUAAGUCCCACACGUUUAGUGCUUCAUUUGUAGAAUUGAAAGCGUAACAGGAACAAAUCAUUUUUUGUUCAAAGAAGGAAAAAGUGACUGCAUUUUGCACAACGUACUUUUAGCUAUGGGAUUCAAGGCAUGGCAUCGGAACAAAACAAAAAAAAAGCUUACAUAGUUACAUUUAUUUUUUUUAAAUUCAAAAUUCGAAAUAAAAGUUAUUUAAAAUAAGAACCAUCAAUUUAAGAAGUUAAUGAACGUGUAAUAACUUAGAACUGGUUAGAGAUGACUCUUUCUUCUUCUAUUUUUUUUUUUUUUUUUUUGAAGUGAGAAAAGAUGAGAACUUAAGUUCGGCAUUUCACUUGCUUUCUCCUCAAAAUAGUGCGUCCGCUUAAUAUGCAUGAAGCCAAGUCACUUUGGAGCCUUUUCUGUUUACAUGGCGGGUAAUAAAAUACUAAAACCUAGACAGACAGUUUUAAUCUUUCGUGUAUGUAGGAGGCGAGAGACAAAUGAAAAGGCAAACAACUUCUUAAACAGUGUGAAACACAUGCUGCUUAAGACAUUUUAGAUGCAUCUGCUGCAACUUAGACUGACAAAAACUUGUUCCCUGAGGCGUAGCUACAGCUAUAUUUGAAUUGUAGGCCAUGUAGUAGGAACGUGCGUACCUGUAAAAGGCUUGGAGGAAAACACUGACGAACUAGACAAAGGAAAUGGAUUUAAAAGAAGAGAAAUACCUGGACGUGUACAUUAUAAAUUUAGUACUGACUAAGAGCAUGAGAUACAGUCUGAUGUCAGCAAGAAUUUAGUUUUGACAAUUAAAAAUUUAAAGCUGCUUUCUUCAAACAAAAUGUUGACUACCCAUAAUUGAUUUGUCUAGUACGUUUAGCUGAUAAGGAAUAUUCCUUAUAGCUCUGUUAGCUACUUCUUAUACUCUUUUUUUUUUCCAAUUCGUACCGAUUGUUAAUGCCAGACCGAGGUUAUAGUUUUAUUGUUGUGCUAUAAAAAAAAAAAACAGUAAAAAAAAAAAAAACCACCCAAGUAAGGAAUAUGUUCGGGAAAGCUGCUCCUUUCGUAAAACACACAUUGGAAAGUUAUUUGGGACAACUAAGCUGUGGGUUUUGUUUGGGUGCUUACCUCUGGCGAAGCUGGUCAUUAAAACAACCGCGACAAAAACAAUGAAGGAGUCGAAAUGCAAAAACCUAGAGUCCCGAUUCAAGUGCGCUGAAAAACAUAUGCAUAAAAAUGACUUACGUAUAAGUUUUGAAUAGCCUAGUUAAGUUGGAAACUGGUAGUAAAUUUGCAAAAUAAUUGUUUAGCGGAUCGAUAACUCGUUUUAAGCUUUAAAUUCUAAAUCGUUCCAUUUAAUAAAUAUCAAUGAGAAUUACAAAAAAGCAUAAUGUUUCACCAUCAAACUACUUUAAAAAGCGUUUGCCUACUUCUAUUUCUUUUUCUCUACAGUUCUCGCUACAGAAUACAAUCGCGUUUUAAUAUUCAAGGGGCCAAUAGAGGGGGAAAUACUUCUGGGUCACGUGAUAAGGACGGAGAAGGUGCCAAAUGAGGGGAGCUGCCGUGUGAAGUGUUUCUUGGAGCCCAACUGUGUGUCUAUAAAUGUGGGUCCUGUCGACGAUCAAGGACAGCGCCCCUGUGAGCUAAACAACUUUACAGAUGAAAGUGCAUCACAGAGU